UCCUGUAUGAGAAGAUUCAGUACCAUGCUAUUCCUCUUCUGAAAUACAAACAAUGUUUAUAACUACGCCAGCCGUAACGACAAAUCCUAUUGGCUGGCCACCAACGCUAACCUUCCCAUGAUGCCAGUGGGUUGGCGGAAACUAUCAGAGUACAUCAGUAGAUGUGUGGUGUGUGAUGCUCCGUCCAACAUCAUCGCCGUCCACAGCCAGACACUCAGCAUACUAGACUGCCCCACUGGCUGGAACGGUCUCUGGAUUGGAUACAGCUUUGCCAUGCACACUGGAGCUGGCCCGAGUGGUGGUGGACAGUCCCUAUCCAGCCCAGGAAGUUGUUUGGAGGACUUCAGAGCCACACCUUUCAUUGAGUGUAAUGGUGCCCAGGGCACCUGUCACUUCUACGCCAACAAAUUCAGCUUCUGGCUUACCACCAUAGACAGAAACGAAGAAUUUUCAAAACCCCAGCAAAUGACACUUAAGGCCGGGUCUCUGAGGACCCGGGUCAGUCGAUGCCAAGUCUGUAUGAAGUUAGUGUAGGCCUUAUUUGAGACUUAAAAUUAAUGGAUGUUAGUAAUAUUUUUAAUCUUUGGAAAAAACUCUUUUAAGCAGCUUACGUUGAUCAUGAUGAAAUGUUUACUUGUACAAUUAUGAUUAAAUGCUGAAUGCGGUUGUGUUCACUACUUCGUGCGUUCGCUGGUAAAACCAAAAUGUGCCUUAUAACCAGUCAUUGGUUUUAAUAAGGGGGUGCCUUUACUCUAAUAUUUUUGUAAACAUUGUCGAAGCAUAAAUUUUAAUUGAAAUGCAAGUUUAUAUGAGAAUAUCAUAAUUUGUCUGUUUAUGUUGUAUUUGUGUGUACAUGUAGCUGUUUUUGUCGGGGUGGGAGGGAGGGGCUACUUAUGUUCGAGGAUUUCACUAUUACCUUAUAUGGGGGGAAACUUGCUCAUAUGGAGGUAGGGAAACAUCAAUAACUGGAAACCUCAAUAAAGUGUACUGCAGAGUGAUAUGUAAACCAGGUGAGAUUUGAGACCUGCCAAAGAUUUCACACAUGUAGGUCAGCUUACCAAGGUAAUUAGUCGCAUCUUUUAGACAUCUUUAUCAAAGAUUUUCAACACACUGUUAAAUGUCUGCUUGCCCCAAUAAACAAUGGUAUUUACUAGACUGUCUUAACCCUUUCACGGUUUCACCCCUAGGUAACUUAAGUAGAAUCUACCAUACAUUUAUCUGGGCGAGUCAAUUCUGGUCUACAUUGGUGAAAGGGUAUCAUGGUCUCUGGUCUCUAUACAGUGCAAUAGUCUUUCUAUUGCGGUUUAUGUAAUCAGUGUAAUAUUGAAACAUCUAUGCAGUUUUACAUGUAUUUGUUUGAUAAGUUUAGAUGUUAGGGUGUUUCUACCAACACUCAAGAAAUGUUAGUGUUUGAGUGAGCUAUCAUUAUCACAUGUCUUAGUGUUUGCAAAGAAAUACUCUUGGGAAAUCAAAGAAACACGUCACUGAAGAUUUUUUUUUUUAAACAUAUUAUAUUGAAAGUGUUUAAAUUUUAAUGCACUCAUUUUUACAGGGUGAAAAAAAAAGUUUUUUUUAUCAUAUAUGCAAGGAAAUAUAGUCCAUGAGAUUCACACAAAUUAUGAUAAAAUUUGAUAUCAGUACUACAUAUAUAUGCUUAAGCCUUGACAUGUUUUAUAAAUGAAUGCUUUUGUAGUUUAUAUGUGAAUGGGGAUUCUGACGAUUUAUCUAGUCACAUGUUUUUAGUAUUAAAUGAACAAAGCAUGUUUUACACAAAUACUGUAGACUCUGUUCUACAAACCUUGCUCUAUAUUUCUAGGUGCGUUUUUACACACAAGUUUGUUUAAAGAGAUUUUGUACCUUAUUUUGCAUCAAUCCCUGAUUUCUGGCAUGAACUAUUCCAUCUGUUGAUGUAGUUCAGUUCGUUCUGGUAGCCAGGGAAGGGAUCGCAUAUUAAUAGUAGUUCUAAAUGAAAUAUAUGUCAUGCCCCACACCUAGCAUGGAUAUGCUCUGUUUUGUGCAGUUGUGGUCAUUCUCAGCAAGAAUAUUUAGAUUUCUGGAGACUUAAAUUGGUUUGAGUCUGAAUGGGUGUGCUAAAAUACAAGAUACAGGGAAAACCUUUUAGUCUGAACAAUUUCAAUCCAAAGAUAAGCCAACUGAAACAAUGAAUUUUCUAUGUAUGCAAUUCCUUUAACCUACAAAAGGAAUCGAAAUCGAGUCUGAAAAGUACAUAACUUUGUGUAGACAUUGAAGAUCUUCCACUUUACACAAGACCAUCAUCGGAACUGUUUGUAGUGAUGCCUUAUCCCAUCUCAAAGCAAACCAAGAUGUCUCCGGUAAUCAAAACCUUCAACCAAAUUAAAUGACCACACAAGAUACAUAUUUUUUUACAAACAUGGUACAUUUUUUCCUUGAUCACCAUAGAUAUGUGUUUUUCCAGCACAAAACGAGCUUGUCCAUGCUGAUCAUGUGACUUUAAAUGUCACCGUGAAUUCAUUGUGCCAACAAACCUGGGGGUCCAUAAGGGGGUAAGCCAUCUCCCUAAGGAAAUGGGACUUCCCCCAAUGGCCCCACUGUACUUGUCUGGUUAUAUAGUACCAUUGCAUAUUCUAUGAAACUGCUGGACAUUUGAAAUAAAGUCAGUUAACUUGAA